AGGGGAAGGGAGCACAUGCGUAUAAAUGCAUAGGGACAAAGAACUGGGAGUACAACUUUUGGAAGUGGAGGAGAGCAGCCCUUACGUUAUCUGCUCGACUUGGCUUCCUUUCUUUGGAACUUCUGAUAUUCAUUAGCUUCUUAAAGGGAAGACUUUUUCUUCUCUCUCUCUGGUAAAAGGUUGAAUUUUUUUGCAGGAAUUGCAUCUGGGUCUUCAAUGGGGAGUUGGGUUUUACCAGAAUGCGGUCUUAGACCCCUCCCUAGAAUCUACCCACGACCCAGCACCGGUUUACCACCCACCACCGCCAACGCUAUCAAGAUUAGACCUUUUGCAGUCCCUAAAGCCCACAUUUUCGGUCCUUCAUUUAAGGUCUCCAAGUGGUACGGCUAUAGGAACUGGAGGUUGAAUGUAAGUGCUCCGUUGAGGGUGGCUAGCACUGGGGAAGAUGAGAAAGAAAGAAAGAGAAUCAAUGGAAUGGAAGAUGAUGGAGAAUUCAAUCCGGGUGCUCCACCGCCAUUCCGUUUGGCUGAUAUUAGAGCUGCUAUACCUAAACAUUGCUGGGUUAAGGAUCCUUGGAGAUCUAUGAGCUAUGUUGUAAGAGAUGUUGCUGUGGUUUUUGGAUUGGCUGCCGCCGCUGCUUACCUAAAUAAUUGGCUUGUUUGGCCUCUUUACUGGUUUGCUCAGGGAACCAUGUUCUGGGCACUCUUUGUUCUUGGUCAUGAUUGUGGUCAUGGUAGUUUCUCAAACAAUCCAACAUUGAACAGUGUAAUGGGUCAUCUUCUUCAUUCUUCAAUUCUCGUUCCCUACCAUGGAUGGAGAAUUAGCCAUAGAACCCAUCAUCAGAACCAUGGACAUGUUGAAAAUGAUGAAUCGUGGCAUCCAUUGUCUGAGAAAAUUUACAAGAGUUUGGAUAAUGUAACUCUACUAUUGCGGUUCACUUUGCCCUUCCCACUCCUUGCUUACCCUGUGUAUCUGUGGGGUCGAAGUCCUGGAAAGAAGGGCUCCCAUUUCCAUCCAGACAGUGAUUUGUUUGUCCCAAAUGAAAGAAAAGAUAUUAUCACCUCCACUGCCUGCUGGGUUGCAAUGGUUGCACUGCUUGGAUAUUUCUCCGUUGCAAUGGGUCCUGUUCAGCUGCUUAAACUCUACGGAAUUCCCUACUGGAUUUUUGUCAUGUGGUUGGAUUUGGUGACUUAUCUGCAUCACCAUGGCCAUGAGGAUAAACUUCCAUGGUACCGUGGAAAGGAAUGGAGUUAUUUGAGAGGAGGGCUAACAACACUUGACCGUGACUAUGGAUGGAUUAACAACAUCCACCAUGACAUUGGAACCCAUGUGAUACAUCACCUCUUCCCCCAAAUCCCACACUAUCACUUGAUUGAAGCAACUGAGGCGGCAAAGCCAGUGCUUGGAAAAUACUACCGGGAGCCAAAGAAAUCUGGUCCUCUCCCACUUCACCUACUUGGAGUUCUGAUAAGAAGCAUGAAGCGAGAUCACUAUGUGAGCGAUGAAGGGGAUGUUGUUUAUUAUCAAACUGACCCUCAACCACAUGGAUCCAAGAAAUCAGAUUGAAGUAUUUAGGCUAUGACCUACUUUUAUCAAAAUGUUAUAAGUUCUUUCACCAUCUAUUCUUUUCUCCUAUUGAAAAGAGCCUAUUUUUGCUGUAAGGCAAGCCAUGUAAUGAUGUAUACAUUUAUUUUUCUCUAAGGAAAUCUGCUCUUUUAACUUGUAAUCUUCUAGGCUAAGAGAGCCAUUUCUUUGUUCAGUAUUUAUGAAAACAACAGAUCAUCCUACUCUGUUUUUAAGGAUGGUCUGUUAGUCUGUCACGUUGGGAUUUCUUAAAAUGCUCACCAACUCAGAAGACAUAAAUGCAUCGGUUGAGACAGUGCGACAAGACUAUUUUUUGUAGAGUAGUUACAUGUAUUUGUAUAUUAUGACACAGUUUUGUUGGUAACCAUUCUUCUGUAGCAACUUGUUGCUUUAUUGUAGGGUUAAUGUCAACUAUCAUCUCUCUAUUAUAAAAAAUAGUUCAAUUU